AUGUAAUAAGAUAAAGAAAUUGAUUUUAUAAGAAGAAAAUAUUGGUGGCAUUUAUUUGUGUUAUUUUUGACAUUUUCAAUGGUUGCCUUGAUUCUUGAAUCAGAUAUCAGAUGUAUAACAAGUGAAUUAGAUCUCAAUUAACUGAUUUGUACAAUACUAGAACUUAUUUUUUGCCUUUUAGUCUUUAUUUUGACUUGCAUGGAAUUAAGAUACUUUUAUAAAGUAAAAAAUGACAAUUUUAGUUUUACAUACUCAUCUAUAAUAUCAUAAGGAUGUUUGAAGGUUAUAAUUGUCUGCUUAAGUAUAAUUUAUUUGACCAAUCUCAUAAUUGAACUUAUUUAUGACGUUUAAUUGACGAGUAAUUAAAGACACCGUUGUCAUUACUUUGGUUUCACAAAUCAAAUAUUGUAAUUUGUCAUUUCUGGAAUCAUUUUGAUUUGUUAACUAGUUAUGAUGUUUGUUCCAUAUAAAAUCUUAAAAACAUUAAUCUUGCUAUCUAAUUAGAAACAAUACUUGUUUGAAGAUAUUCUUAUAAGUGACUUAGAAGGUGACUUUGAAGACAUAACAGCUAAUAAUGGCAACUAUUGUAUUAUUAAAACUCAAAAAAAAACCAUAAAAUGUGUACUCCAUCCCUUCUUCUCAGCUAAAUAAAUAAAUAUGCAAAUUAUGCACUUCCAAAAUCAAAAAUAAACAGCUUAUUACAAGGCUUUCAUGUUCACAUAUAUUUCAUAAUUAAUGUUUUUAGAAAUAUGCUCAAAGUACUAUGAGUAAAAAAUCUUUCGUUUUAACUUGUUCCAUAUGCGAUUAAGGUGUAAAUUAUGA